CCCUCAGAAGUAUCGUAAAUAUAUAUAAACAAACAAAUGGAACCGGAAUUGACGAGAAAGCGAUUUUACAGCCUGGGUGCGAAAUAUGCCGGCUCUACAGAAGAGGAUCUGGAAGUGUGCAUCAAAAACUAUGGAGGGGACGUGGUGCGAAUAGAGCUGGUGAACCGCCAGCAUGGGGCCCAGUUUCAAAGGCAGCUGCAUCGGUUUCUGCUGCUGCUCUGCGUGUCGACCGUCUAUUUUGUCUGCGUUUGGCGUCUUGGGGACAUAAUUAGCUUUUGGCAGCCUCGCAUCCUGUCACCCAUUCUCAUUAUUACAACUCUUGCGAUUGCAAUCAUUCGCAGCGCUUUGAGUCUGGUUAAAACGGAGAAACUAUUCUACAGUUGGGAUAUGGCCCUGCAAACAGAGACGGUGCGAUCCUUCGGCCGGGAGUCGGUCUUUUGUGUUCAGCGCGGACACAUCCACGACAUAGUUCUCAAUGAAGUGAUUGAAAACUUGGAUGUGAAGUAUAUGUUAAUAUUGCGAACUAGAGGCAGCAUGUUCAAGAAGCGACCUAUAAUACCACUGUUCCAUACCCAGUCGCCCUCGUUCGAGUGCUUGCAGCAUAUUUAUAAAAUCCUGCAUCGAUACUGGCUGAAUAGCGAUAAGGAUCGGUCGGAGCACGCUUACAACAGGGACGAACCCAUCAGUGUGGCCUGGCAGAGUUCCUCCAAUUUGUUCAACUGAUGAUUAUGAUGUUUAUUAAAGAGAGUCUGUUAGUUA